AACCCAAAAGCUUUCCUUUCACCAAGAAAGCAGAAACCAAACCGGCUAACCCCACCUUAGCCUCGGUCCCGAGCCACUCCGCUUCGUCCCCUGAGCCUCGGCCCCGGCCCGAGCCUCGGUUAUGUUUCUCAGUUCGUUGAAAAUUUCGCACUAUUUCGAUCACUUUUAUCUCUCGCUCUCUCAAGACGCGCAUUCCUCUCUCUUCGAUUCAUACCCUAAAGCUUAGCAAUCAGACACUCCCAGAGGAUCGGUUCUGAGCUUCAUUGGAGGCCGCUUGACGUCACUUGAGAUGGGAAUCUCGUGAUGAUGUGAAUGUUAUGUGCUGAAGUACAUUGAAUUGGAGAAGCAAGACCUGAGAAGAGUUCGUUGUAAGGGUGAAGAAAAUGAUACAGCCCUUAAAAUUGGAGAUUAUGCAAUGGAUAUGGUCCCUAUCGAUGGCUAGCUCAUCAGUUUGCCGGGUUUGUGAAGGGAAAGUAUUUCAGUCUGAAUAGAAAUAAAUUUUGAGUGUUGGGAACGUGGCAUUUGCAGAGAAUAAAUGCACAGGAAAGAGGUAAUUUUUCUCCUCACAAAAUUUUAGCUACUGAAUACUCGUGGGCUGGAUCAUCUAUGCCUGGCAACGAAGUUGAAGACAGGGUCCACAAUUUCUUUGGCCAAGAGAACUCGUCUCAGGGCCAUCAUCAUUCACAAACAGGUCACGGAAACUGGCCUGUUUUAAAUAGCAAUCUGUUGGUUGGAAACCAGAGACAGAUCGGUGCUUCUUUUAUUUCCGAUUCAAAGAAUUACAAUGUACAGCAGUCAGAUGACUCUGAGAGGGGAGGAGGAAGUCAGUCUUUGCGUGUGCAACAUGGUUUCAACUUGACACAAUCAAAUGUGAGGUCUGAGUUUGGGCGAAGUUUGCCUCAGAACCAGCAUACAACUUUGAAUGGCUAUGUGCAUGGUCGUCAAUUUGUCCAGACGAGGCAGAAUGAAGCAAACUUGUUGGGAAUGGAUACAGAAGCUGAUCGGCAUAAUUUAACAUUACAAGGCAUAUCUAUUCUCGAGUCACAGCGAGGCAGUGGUCCUGAGCUUACUAAGAAAAAUCCAUCAAGGUUGGAAGAUACUGAAUCUCCGGUUAAUUAUGAUUUUCUUGGAGGUCAACAGCAAAUGAGUGGCCAGCAGCCUGGCAUGCUGCAAUCUUUGCCAAGGCAGCACUCAGGGAUCAAUGACAUGCAGGUACUACAGCAACAAUUCAUGCUCACACAAAUGCAAGAACUUCACAGGCAGCAGCUAGAGGAAAGGCAACAGAGUUCAAUAAAUCAGGUUUCUCCUGUCCCAAAACAGACAGCUCCCAACCAUUCUGCUGCGCUGGUUAAUGGCAUUCCUAUUAAUGAGGCAGGUAAUUAUCCAUGGCCACCUGAGCUUGUGUCAGGUAACUCAAAUUGGCUGCAGCGUGGUGCAUCUCAAGUUAUACAAGGAUCUUCUAGUGGACUUAUGUUAUCCCCUGAGCAAGGCCAGGCACUACGUCUGAUGGGAUUAGUUCCUCAACAGGUUGAUCAAUCUCUUUAUGGGGUUCCUAUUUCUAGUGUAAGAAGUACUCCAAGUCAAAAUUCUCACGAUCAACUGGAUAAGCCUGCAUUUCAUCAGGUUUCGUCCAGUGGUAAUUCCUUUUCAGGUCACCAGUAUGCUACAUUUCCUGGUCAGGCUAGCAUGCACGAUGAAACUUUUGCUUCCAGACAGAAUUUUCAAGCUAAAAAUAUGUUUGGUCCUGCUGCUGGCCAAGGUCUAAACACUGUACCUAAUUUGGAAAACUUGCAGCAAGUGAAUCCUCAGCAAAGAAGUGCAUCAAUGCAAGAAUUGAAUGUGAGGCAAGAGUUAAAUGGAUCGUCAGAAACAUCACAUGAGAAAACACUAGUGCAGGUUGCCCCAUCUCAGAGCGUGUCUUCCCUGGAUCCAGCUGAACAGAAGAUUUUGUUUGGUUCGGAUGAAAAUCUGUGGGAUGCCUUUGGCAGGAGCACAAGGGCUGGAAAUAUGUUGGAUGGUACUGAUUUUUUCAAUGGAUUUCCUUCUGUGCAAAGUGGGAGUUGGAGUGCUCUUAUGCAGUCUGCUGUUGCAGAAACUUCGAGUGCUGAUUUAGGACUUCAGGAAGAGUGGAGUGGUCCGACAUUUGGGGACACAGGACCUCCAACUGGGAAUCAACAGCCCUUAACCAUUAAUGACAGUAGCAAACAGCCAGUCUGGACUGAUAACAGCUUGCAGACUGCUUCGGCUUUGAGUUCUAGACCUUUCCCCCUUUCUGAUGAUGCAAAUAGGCCCUCUACAAGUAAUAAUUAUUUUAAGGUUCCAGGAGUUCAGCAGUCAGGACUCAAAAAUCUGCAUCAACAGGGUGACAGGUUUCAAAAUAAUUCUUCUAAUAGAAGUAUUCCACAGUUUCAGGAAGAAGGAAGCAAAUGGUUAGAUCGUAACCCGCUACAAAAGCCAUUAACUGAAGGCAGUCAUAUUUAUGGAAAUUUUGCUCAGCCUUCAGGGGUAGAAACAAGUACCAAGAACAUUUCCGGUUCUUUGGCCCAUCCACAGAUUAUAUCUUCUUAUAAUAGUGUUGGCCAGCCUUACAAUAGAUCAAAUGGAUGGAAUUUUACUGAAUCGUUGUCACCUGAUAGUGGUUCUACUUUGAAACAUCAUGAGAAUGAAAAAUCAUCUCAACUGACUCAGAGUAGUGAUCAUAAGGGAGCCGCACACCUGGGAACUGGUCAUGGUGCUGGUCGAUGGAAGGCUACCGCUGCUCCUAAUUCAUCUGCUGCAUCAGAACAUGUAAAAUCUGGUAUAGGUAGCUUGCAGGUCUUCAGGGAAGAUUCAAGUUCUAAUAGUAUUGCUGCAAUUCCUAAUUCAAGCACUUUGAGGGCCAACCAGGAAAGAAGCCAGCAGCUUCAAAACAUUAAUAAUCUUGAUUUCUGGAAGGAUGUUCAAUCCUCAGGGAACUCCAAAGGAAAUGAGGAUCUGGGGAAAUACCGGCAUCAUCUCGAUGAGAACCCUCAAUUUUUGGAGUCACCAGGGAAUAAUGGGCUGGACAAGGGAACAGUUGAAAUGAAUGAAAAGGAGAACUUGAAUAAGAAAGAGAACUCAAGUGACAGUUCUCGCUCUAAUAUGUUGCAUCAUACUCCUACCAGUGGCUUGAGAGAGAGUGUGUGGCUAGAUGCUAGUGACUCGCAUAAUUUGAUUGAGAGCAAACAAAAGUUAUCCAAUCAACUUAAUCGAAAAUCUGGAACUCGUAGAUUUCAGUACCAUCCAAUGGGGGAUGUAGAUAUCGUGGAGCCUUCUUAUGGCCCAAAACAUAUUGCAAAUUCACAAGCAAUGUCCCAGCAGGUUUCCCAAGGAUUAAGAGGUCAUGACCAGGUUUAUGUUGGCCAAUCAAGAUUUUCGGAUCAGGCUGAUAGAAACUCUAUGGAAUUGGAGAAGGUGGACACCAAAGGCUUAGAUGAGAUACCUUUGAAAAGCAUGCUUCCAGGUUAUGUACCUAAUUCAUCUGGUCCCUAUGACAACUCUGUGGGUAAUUAUGCCUCUAACAAGACGGCUACAUCAAGUCAAAAUAUGCUGGAGCUUCUUCACAAGGUGGAUCAAUCAAAUGAACGUGGCAUCGGAAGACACAUUAGCUCUUCUAAUCACUGUCCAUCUUCUGAGAUGCCUGAAACAGAAACUUCUGAUGGACCUGUUAGUCAUUUUCAGCGAAAUCAGUCCUCCGCCACUCAGGGUUUUGGUUUACAGUUGGCCCCUCCAUCUCAACGGUUGCCAAUUCCUGACCGUGUGUUGUCUUCUCAGAGCUCUUCACAAACAGUUCUUGGCUCAUCUCAUGUAGCUUCUGGGACUGGAGAUAAGGCUAAUAUGUGGUUUGCCUUAACAGCCUCAGUUCAGUCUUUGGCAUCUUCCCAUGAAUCAUCUCAAGGUGAAUUUAGGCAUAAUAUUUCUGAUAGUUCAGGCCAAAUGCCCAAUAAACAGUCACAGUACAAUGUCCAUGGAAAGUUCUCUACAGCUUUAAUGUCUGGUUCUCCAAGUCAUCAUCAAGGCCAGCACACCACUGUUGCAAGUGGGCAACUAAUGUUGGAUCAAACUGGUCAAUCUGUACUGGCGUCAGCACCAGAUGCAUCCACAAGGACUCAACAUGACCUGGCUUGUUCUGCAGAGUUGUCCCAGCCAAAUAGUUCAGACCAAACGCAUUCAAGAGAUCCCCAAUCAAUCCCGUCUUCGGAGCGCAUGCAAGUCUCUCUGCCUUCUGUUACACCUGGCAUUUCUCAACUGACUGCAUUCUCAAAAAUGGUUCCUAAUUUAUGGAACAGUGUUAAAAGCCAGCAACAUUUGUUGGCAGCCCAACCAUCCAAGGCUUCAUCUAACUUGUUUAAGUUCCAUCAUCAAUCAGAUAACAAUUCUGGACCUUUGAAGCUUGAUAAUCAAGAUGCCCAGAAAGGAGGGGAUGGUAAAUCUGGAUUUAUUACAAGUUCUAUAAAUUCACAAGGCUUUGCCGGGAAAGAGCAGUUGUUGGGAAAAAACCCUGGGCAGCAAAUGUCAGCUGAGAAUAAUGACCCUGUUGAAAACAUGUUGAGCUUAUCACAGGGGAGGGAAUCUGUUGUAAAUCCUCUGUCUGAUUCACCUCAUUCGAAUGCUGCUUCUACUCAAAGAGACAUUGAAGCUUUUGGCCGUUCUUUAAGACCAAAUAAUGCUAUGCAUCAGAAUUACUCCUUACUGCAUCAAGUACAAGCCAUGAAAACUGGCGAGAUUGAUCCAAGUAAUCAUAGCGCAAAGAGAUUUAAAGGUCCAGAUUCUGAUAGGGAUGUACAGCACAUAGCUCCAAAAGGAGGACAACCAUCAUAUGGAUACAAUAAUAUGGUUAGAGAUGCAUCGUGUGAUCACAGUUUAGGUCCAUCUGGAGAUUCUAAGAUGCUAAGCUUUUCAGCUAAGCCAGGGGAAAGUCAGGAUACAAAUGCAUCUGCUCAGGAUAUGUAUGCAUUUGUUCGGGACAAUCAUCAUAAUUUAUCAAGUAGUAGUAGUGCAACUGCUGUUCGGUCUGAGAAUUCUCAGAUCAGUCCCCAGAUGGCACCGUCCUGGUUUGAGCAGUAUGGAAGCUUUAAAAAUGGACAAACGUUGCCAACAUAUGAUGUGCAGAAGACUGCCACUGCAAAGGCUUUGGAGCAGCCUUUCAUUGUUGGGAAGCCAACUGACAGUUUGCUUGCUUGUAGUUCGACAGAUCAAGUCAAUGCUGCUCCCGAUGCUAGUCAUCUUGCUUAUGUUCAUCAAAGUUCUUACUCUACAUCAGUCGCAAAUGAACAGCCCUCAUCGCAUCAUUUAUUGCCUCCUGAUGUCACCGAUCAUAGUAUGAUUACUGUAAGACCGAAGAAGCGUAAGAGUGCUACAUCAGAACUCAUACCAUGGCAUAAAGAAUUGACGGAAGGCUCCCAAAGGCUUCAGAAUAUCAGUGUGGCAGAAUUAGUUUGGGCCCAAGCAGUUAAUCGACUGAUUGAGAAGGUUGAAGAUGAAGCUGAGGCGGUUGAAGAUGGUCCACUCAUCCUUAUACCUAAAAGAAGGCUAAUUUUGACAACACAACUUAUGCAGCAGCUGCUACACCCUCCUCCUGCAGGAGUCAUCUCUGCUGAUUCUAGGUCACACUAUGAGAGCAUAGCUUACUUUAUUGCCAGAUCAGUACUAGGAUAUGCAUGCGGUGCAAUUUCUAUCCCUGGAAAUGAUGCUUUUAUGGCUACCGACAACAGAAGCCUCCUGUCUGAGAAGCUCACAACAUUUGGAAGUGCUCACCAUCGAUGCUUAAAGGUCAUGGAAGACUUUAUUGGCAAAGCGAGGAAGCUCGAAACUGAUUUGUUGAGACUGGACAAUAGAACCUCAAUAUUAGACUUAAGAGUGGAAUACCAGGAUCUAGAGAGGUUUUCUGUCAUCAAUCGUUUUGCCAAAUUUCAUGGUCGGGGGCAAGUUGAUGGACCUGAGACCUCUUCGUCUUCUGAUACAACUGCAAAUUCCCAAAAAUCUUGCCCCCAGAGAUAUGUUACCGCACUUCCAAUGCCUAGGAAUCUCCCCGACAGGGUACAAUGUCUGUCACUUUGAUCAUUAAUUAAUUGAUUUUUCCCUCUUUCUUGGUCAAUUGUCUCCACGCCCCUUGUGCUUCUCUGGUCCAUUUUCUUUCAACUGAUCUAAUGGUGCUUGGUUCGACCCAAUAGAAUCACAGGAGUGUGGAUGUAGGAAGAUGGAUAGUAGAAUGUCCCCUCAAACUCGAUGGAGGCUGUUAGAUCUUUGCAAUCUAGGCCAUUGAUGUCGUUCUUGAUAAAUAUAAGUUGUCCUGUAUACUUUGAUAGUGUAGAAAGAAACUACAUUACUGCAAGGCCCCGUCAUUUUUCAGUAGCUGGGGGGAGGACAAGCAGAGUCUGGUUUUUCAGCAGCCAUAAUUUCAGGUAAUAAUGUGAAUUGUUCAUAA